UUCCUGGGAUGAGCUAUUUGAGAAAGAAAGUAACCUAACACUAAGUGCAGGCGGGGCGGGGUGAUGUAACAGGAAGCCGUGAUGCUUCCCCUCUGCCGCUGAUCACUUACAAUCUGACAACACUCUGCAUGGACUCAGAGCAAGCCCUCCCUCCCAGCGGCGCACUCCUGCCCCGGACCUCGCGCUGCUGCCUGCAGCUCACCCUGCCUGCAGGACCACACUGCAGGGCUCCACUCGUCCACGCCUUGGGAAGCUCCUCUGCGGCACCUCACAACUCCAUCCUGAGACUGCCUCACACAGAAGUUCCCUAGUCGCUGUGCUGGGUCAUGACCCUUGUAACUAAGAAGUUCUUGAAGACAAUGUUGGACAUGAUCCAGGAGAAAAUGUGAUUCGAGUCUGGAGACAAUUGUGCAUGUAUACUUUCCUUAAGAUCGAAGAAAACACGUGCAGGUUAGCUGAUUGAUAGAAGAGAAACAAUACUCAGAGGGUGGCCUAUGAUCGACAGGAACAGCCACAGCUAGCUGUUUGAACGUACAGCACAUUUCACUUGGACUCUAAUGAUGGAUAAAAAUCAUGUACUAUGUUUCCUGUUUCUGUUGCCUCUUUAUGUGGUGCUUGUCACAGCCGCGACGGAUGAAGAUUUUAACCAAACGGAGUUGGGAGUCACUCGAAACAAGAUCAUGACGGCGCAAUACGAAUGCUACCAAAAGAUUAUGCAGGAACCCGCUCAGCAGGCAGAAGGCCUCUUCUGUAACAGGACGUGGGACGGCUGGAUGUGCUGGGGCGACGUCGCGGCGGGGACCGAGUCCAUGCAGUACUGCCCCGACUACUUCCAGGAUUUCGAUCCCUCAGAGAAGGUCAUAAAGAUCUGCGACCAGGACGGGAACUGGUUCCGACAUCCGGACAGUAACCGAACGUGGACGAACUACACGCUGUGCAACAACAGCACGCACGAGAAAGUGAAGACCGCACUGAAUUUGUUCUACCUGACUAUAAUUGGACACGGAUUAUCUAUUGCGUCUCUGCUCAUCUCUCUCAUCAUAUUUUUUUAUUUCAAGAGCCUCAGUUGCCAGCGGAUUACCUUACAUAAGAACCUGUUCUUUUCCUUUGUCUGUAAUUCGAUUGUAACAAUUACUCACCUCACCGCAGUGGCCAACAACCAGGCCUUGGUGGCCACAAAUCCAGUGAGCUGUAAGGUGUUUCAGUUCAUCCAUCUCUACCUGAUGGGCUGUAACUACUUUUGGAUGCUCUGUGAAGGCGUCUACCUGCACACGCUCAUCGUGGUGGCUGUGUUUGCGGAGAAGCAGCACCUGAUGUGGUAUUACUUUCUUGGCUGGGGGUUCCCUCUGCUUCCCGCCUGCAUCCACGCCAUCGCCAGGAGCUUGUACUACAAUGACAAUUGCUGGAUCAGCUCAGACACUCAUCUCCUCUACAUAAUCCAUGGUCCGAUUUGUGCUGCUUUACUGGUAAACCUCUUUUUCCUGUUAAACAUCGUGCGCGUUCUCAUCACCAAGCUCAAAGUCACGCACCAGGCAGAAUCCAACCUCUACAUGAAGGCUGUGCGAGCCACGCUCAUCCUGGUCCCGCUGCUGGGCAUCGAGUUCGUGCUUUUCCCGUGGCGGCCGGAAGGAAGGGUGGCCGAGGAGGUGUACGACUACGUCAUGCACAUCCUGAUGCACUAUCAGGGUCUUUUGGUGUCUACAAUUUUCUGCUUCUUCAAUGGAGAGGUUCAAGCAAUUCUGAGGAGAAAUUGGAACCAGUACAAAAUCCAGUUUGGAAAUGGCUUUUCCCACUCGGAUGCUCUCCGCAGUGCUUCCUACACGGUGUCAACCAUCAGUGAUGCUCCUGGAUAUAGCCACGACUGUCCCACUGAACACUUGAAUGGGAAAAGCAUUCAGGAUAUGGAAAACGUUGCCUUAAAAACAGAAAAAGUGUAUGACCUAGUUCUGUGAAGAUACAGAGAUCUCACCUGAUCGGUGCCACACGAAGCUAUGAUAUGCUAGCCGGAAGGUUUGAUAGCAAGUGGAUUUCUUGAAUACCGUAAAGAAAGCCCUCAAAUGUAAUGAGAGUUGUGUUGAUACUGUUUAACAAUCCCCCCUCUCUCAGUGGGGAAGGCCUCAAUCUCUACCACUGGCCAGUAAAUCCUCCCACUGUAGCUGAUUUCGAGUUACCAACCUGACACCACCGGCUGUGGAACUGGAAAGAAAGAAAGCACAAUCAACUCUUGGGAACAGACAUGCCUUGGAAACCACAACCCUGCAUGUGCUCACAGAUGGAUGACCGCAUGCUCACACACACACAGAGCAGCGUUCAGCUCUUCUCGCCUGAGGAGACCUCCAUCUUACAGACACGAGAGGACAGUUUGGGUUUUGUUUGUGGUAAAACUCUGUCCUGUUGACAUUUGGUAGCUGUGGAUGGUUUGCUCAGAAAGACUCCUACCCUCUUUAGAACUUCCCCAAUGGACUACACGAGGUUCAUUAUUUCUGUCACCUCAUGCUCUUCUCUUUAAGAGAAGCGGCUGAGCAGAACUCCCACGGGCUUCUCAGUUGCUGCUACAUACACUUGUAUCCUGGGGUAUAUCCGUUUUGACACUUGGUGAGCAAAACCUACAGUAUACAAUCCCUUUCUGAAUCACUAGGGAGACAUAUUGGUAGAAGCUACAAAUACUUUGUCAGCUACUUUUUUUUUUUUUUUAAUCUUACUGCAUGUGUGGGAGGAAAUCAAUUUUCCUGAAUCUGUAAAUAGAGACUUUGGCCUUUCCAUUUCUACUGUGUAGACAAGUGAUCAAUCAUUUCACAUGAAGGAUUUCUUUUUAUCUUGAAAAUCUGAGAGAGAGAGAGAGAGAGAGAGAGAGAGCUUUUGUACAAAUGAACCUGUAAAUAAAUACUCUGUCAGUUUAUUUUAUUGUUUCAAUUCAAAACACAACUUAGGUAACUGUUUUAAAGCAGACAGAUAACGCGACAUCAUAGGCGAUGCCGUUUCUGAUGCCGUGUCUGUGCUGGCUGCAUAGUAAACAGAGCCCUCAAGUCUGCAGUUGGUAAAUAUUUUAAGGACAACCAGACACCAGCAUCAGAGGUUUAAGAACUAAAAACAGAAAUAUUUAUUUUAAACUGCAAAACCGUAAUUAUAUAGCACAUUAUCUUUGGUGUGCUCACGUUUUGCUUCUUCCAUUUUGACAACUCAUUCAAAUCCAGAACACUGGAGCACCCACAGUUGUUCACAGAGAUGCUGGUCUGCUGUGUGUGGGCUUCAGUUCACUAAAAUAGAGCUUUUCUGACUUUUACUAAGUGAAGAUAUGUGUCUUGAAAAAGACACAGGUUAUUAUUAUUUUUUUAAUGAACCACGAGGAAUUUUCUCUAUGUAAUACUCACUGUUUCAGUAGACUACUGUGGGUAUAGUACAAGUCAGGGGAAAACUUGGCCUUGUCAUUGAGGAGACACCGUCAGGCACUUAGGUAAUAAUUAAAUUAAGACAGAAGAAUGCCUUGCUCAUGAGAUAAAGUGACAUUCUAAAUGGAUUUAGUUUUUCUAAUGUUGGUUUCUUCUGGAUUUUCUGAGGAACAAGAUUGACUUAAGUUAAGAAAAGUCAUUUUGGGGAAAGUCACAUAUAUGUGUCUUUUUGAAGUGUUUCAGUCAUGUUACGAUGGAUGAAAGUAAUAAUUUAGUUAUCACCACUUGUGUCUCAAGAUAGGGAAUUCAGAAGUUGUUUGAAGUUGUUAAGGAAAACAAUUCAACUUAUCAAGAGCUGACAUAUCAGGUGAUCAGGUAGAUAUAUUUGUAAUUCAUUUAUAUAGGCACAAGGUGUUACUAAGUUAGUUUGAAUUUUGUGGAUUUCAUGCAAGCCAUCACUAGACAGGAUUGCAGGCCGUUCUGAACUUGCAACUGCCUAAACUGUACAGAACUUCCUUUUAAUACACUCAAAUUUUAGCUAUUUAUUAUUCAAAGGCACAGAUUUGUAUCUUUGCUGACAGUGUUCAUGUAGUUCUGCGUUCUUCCAAACAAACUGUCAAGCAUUCACCAUACAUGACGGUGGAGGAAGCUGAACUACCAGAGAACACGAUUAAGGAGUAUGAUAAUUUGUAACUUUAUUAUUCUUUUAUCCUACUGAACGGAGCUGAGAUUUCUUUACUGCCGACAUCUACUGUGGCAUAAUCCUCAGCCAUUUCCAUCUGAGAUCAGCCAGUAUUAGUUUUUGUAAUAAUAUUUUUGAAGCUAGAAUUCUCUAAAGCUCAAGUGCCAAUUAAAACCUUUCUGUGUUGCUUGUAAAAAACAAAAUAUGACAUUUUUUUAAACAAAACUUCUCUGGUGCCUAAAAACCAAUUUUUUUGGGGGGGGAGGGGAGAUUUCUAGCUUUUUAACAGUUAGAUGUAUCAUUUCUGUGUAAGUAUUUGUUAAAGUCAUGGCAACAUUUUAGAAGUGACUUUGUAAUCCCGGAGUUCAGUAUUUGUUCAAAUAUAGCAAACUGUAUAACGCUUAGUAGUGGCCUCUGUGUUGUUCUCCCUGGUUAGCUAUUUUAAUGUGAAUCUGUCUUACUUUCUCUUGUGUUUUGAUUUGCGCAUAGAAACAUUAUCUGUUAUAUUCAAGCUGUUCCAGUCACUUCAAAGAACUCAUGUUACAUCUACUUAAAAUCUCUAUUUAGAUUUUAUGAGAAUAUUAGAGUUACAAGUUAACACUGAGUUUUCACUCAUCUUCCUGGACUACAGAGUAAUUCAAUGUCUCACAAAAUUCUUGCAGGAAUUAAAGAAAUACCUUGCAAAAUAAAUGAUGAUGUCUUUAUUCCUCUCUUUAAAGACUUCAAUAAACUAGUAAGUGAAUUUAAUAAAUUAAUUUAAAA